AUUAGGGUUAUCCAUUUAUCCAGAAGCUUCGCACAAUGGCAUUGUACAGAUAGAGUAUCCAGAAACUUCCCAAAACGUCACAAACUGAACUGAUUAGACUAGAGAGAGAAAGAAGACAGAGCGGGAGCAGGCGAAAUCAGAAGUAUAGAGGAAGAAGGCGAGCUCUCAUCUUUCGGUAACAAUGGCGGAGCAUCUGGCUUCAAUCUUCGGAACGGAGAAGGAUAGGGUAAACUGCCCGUUCUACUUUAAGAUCGGCGCUUGCCGUCACGGCGACCGCUGCUCCAGGCUUCACACCAAGCCGAGCAUCAGCCCCACCCUCCUCCUCUCCAACAUGUACCAGCGCCCCGACAUGAUCACCCCCGGCGUCGACGCGCAAGGUCACCCCAUCGAUCCGCGUAAGAUGCAGGACCACUUCGAGGAAUUUUACGAAGAUCUAUUUGAAGAAUUGAACAAGUAUGGUGAGAUAGAGAGUUUGAAUGUCUGUGAUAAUCUGGCUGAUCACAUGGUGGGCAAUGUGUAUGUUCAGUUUAGGGAAGAGGAGCAGGCUGCAAAUGCCUUGAAAAAUCUCUCCGGGAGGUUCUAUGCUGGAAGGCCUAUCAUUGUGGAUUUCUCACCCGUCACUGAUUUUCGUGAAGCAACAUGCCGACAGUAUGAGGAGAACUCUUGCAACCGUGGUGGUUACUGCAAUUUUAUGCAUCUUAAGAUGAUUGGCAGGGAACUGAGACGGCAGUUGUUUGGGAGGUCCCAUAGAAGGCAUAGCAGAAGCAGAAGUCCUUAUAGGCAUAGAAGCUAUGAAGAGAGAUCUCACAGGAGCCACAGUAGUAGAAGGAGGUAUGAUGAUGAUGAUGAUUAUGAAAAUGAUAGAGAUGAUUACUAUCAUGAGAGUAGGAGUCGGAGACGCAGAACGACAAGUCCAGGUGGUCAUCAUCGUAAGGGGCGAAGCAGGAGCCCAGGUGAAGGCAGGCGAGGUAGAAGAAGUCCUUCUAGGGAUGGAAGUGAAGAGAGACGUGCUAGGAUUGAGCAGUGGAAUAGGGAAAAGGAACAGGCUAAACUUUCUAAUGGAGGAGAAGUUCAUGAUGAUCAUAAAAGAGGAAACAAUGAGCAUGGUUAUGCACAGAAUGGAGAUGACCAGUACCUUGGUGGCCAGCAUCGUUCACCACAGAGUGGAUAUGCUUACUGAUGUCCAUUGACUGAACUGGUGGGUCUCAGUGCAUUUCGGGAGAGAAGUAUAACGAUGCGGUGCACAUUUUAUUUUAAAAUUUCACUUUUCUUAUAUUUGUGCUUUCACUUGAUGAAUUUUUGACGAAUAAUUUCCUUUUUACAUUCCUCUUCCCAUUUAAACUCCUUUUUGAUGUACCUGUUUAGUUUUAAUGAGUUCUUUAUACAGUCUUCCUAUAUAAAUACUUCUAAUUCUUUUUAGUAAAUAAUUCAAUUUUUUUAGUAAUUUUUAGUAUUGCUUUCUAUCUACUUCAUACGGAGUAUAAAUUUCUAUUGAAUUUUGAGGCUUUAUCCUUGCAAUACGCAAAUUUAAAACAUUGUUCUUGCUGCAUUGGCACACCUGUUCUAUUAUCAGGUUAGCCUAUCAUGUCCUAUUUCAUAGUAGUUAGCUUGUUACCUAUUUUCCUCUGCAAGUUUUCAGUACCGUGUUAAAGGGAAUGUAAACAAAUAUUCAACAGCUGACCUUUUCGUAGUGUGCUCUAAAUGGUUAUAUUUUUCUGUUAAUCUUUUUUAGUUGUAAAAACAAUUUUGAAGUUUUUGAAGUUUUUCCUUUCAUGCACUGAGAGAGUCUGUCACACUUUUACUUUUUGUAAAGUUAGUAAAGCAAAGAGUGCUGCAAGUCUACAUGCUACAUUUAAGUAUUGACUAACCCUUCAUCUUCCUUGAGACUGAGCUGCUUCAUAGAAGACUAAUUCAAGCUCAUUGUUGCUUAUAAGUCAAAAAUACGUCUAUCAGUUGUUAGAAGAACUCUAUGUGCUUGUUAGACUAUGUAGACCUCUCUAUGUGCUUGCACUGGCUAACCUAUUAUUCUAUUAAUGAGACUACAACAUGUUUUGUCCCUUUUAAGCUUUUGAACAUUCUGGUUUCUUUCUUGCGACCUCAAAUGCAACACCAUCCAGGCUAGUAGACUUUUGUACUUGUCUUGUAUUUGAAUAUAUAUCAACAAAUUUGGAACUUGUCUUACAAUUGUUACGAGUUUUGCAGGAAACAGGUUCAGGUUUCCAUGCAGACAAAGGAUCAUCAAAAUCAUAUAAUAACUUCUUUACCAUGAAACGUGUAACAGGUCAUCAAUGACAAGUGUACUUGCUGAUUCGUCUACAGGAACUUGCAUUAGUUAAAGAUAACAAAGUUGGAAGAGCUUCUGUUCAUGAGUGGGGAGGGCUUUAUGGAAUUUUUAGUAUGCCUGACAUCCAUAUGAGGUGAAGUUUGUUGGUUCGAAGCAUUUGAUGGGAAAUAUAACAAAAAAACGUUCCAAGGAUGUGUAUUGUUUUAGUGUAUGCUAUUUCUGAUAUUUUUAUAAUUGAUGACAAUGUUUUGCCUGUGUAACUUAGCAAUCUUAUUCAGAAACAAUUAGGAAGUUUUUGAUAAAAAUGAGGUGUUUCAUGUUCUGACAUUUCUGUUUCACGUUUCUUAGCUUCGCAAACGAUUUU